CCCUGGCCUUCCUCUUGACGGAAGCUCGCGGAGGAGCAGCAGCGCGCGUGCCGUCACCGACUUUCACCGACCCCAGCAUGGAGGACUCGAGUAGCUGACGUUUGGCCUUUCUGUACAACCCAAGAAUUACCGCCUCUUUUUGUUUUCACCUCGCCACCGACGGUACCGUUUAUUAACAAAAAAAAAAUAAAAAGCCGCCAUUUUUAAUUGAAACAUCUGAAAGAAACAUGAAGUUCAUCAUCGGUAUCGGAGGGGUGACUAACGGGGGUAAAACCACCCUGACUGAGCGUCUGUGCCGCGUCCUGCCCAACUGCUGCGUGGUUCAUCAAGACGACUUCUUCAAGCCCCAGGAUGAGAUCGAGGUCGGGGAGGAUGGCUUUAAGCAGUAUGAUGUCAUCACAGCUUUGGACAUGGACGCCAUGAUGAGCACCAUCUACGCCUGGCAGGAGAACCCGGUGAAGUUUGAACGCUCUCACGGUGUGGAGAGCACGCGGGAUCGCGAGAUCCUUCCUCGUUCCGGAGAGGACGAGAGCGUGCACAUCCUCAUCGUGGAAGGGUUUCUGCUCUACACCUACCGGCCCCUGAUCGAGGUGUUUGAUCAACGGUUGUUUAUUUCCAUCCCGUAUGAAGAAUGCAAAAAGAGGAGGUGCUCAAGGAACUACGUCGUGCCGGACCCCCCGGGUCUGUUCGAUGGUCAUGUCUGGCCGAUGUACGUCAAACACAAGGACCUAAUGGAGGACAUGGGAGUGGAUGUCGAACAACUGGACGGAACCCUGUCGAAGGAGCAGCUGUAUAACACCGUGUACGGAGACGUCAUCAACAACAUCCAGGACCGAAUGAGGAUUGCCGAUCAGCACUAAAUCGCAGACGGAGGAAUACAAAGUCAUCUCUGCCGCAGAAGCGCGCGUGUACGCGUGUGUGUAAGGUCUCAGACUGGCUCUGCUUUGACUGUUACCUGCUUUAGCUUUUUUAUACCUGUGUAUUUCCUCCAUAUUUAUUUGCUGUAAUAACAAACCGAGCUCCUGUUAGAAACUCUAAAGAGUUAAACACUCCGUAAUAAAGAUGUCACUCCUGCA